AUGAGCGAGAAAAAAUAAAAAAGGAAACAGAAUGAUAAAGAGGAUGGCGAAUGGAAAUGCUUAGAGUGUUGCAAAUCCUAUCUGUCAUAUCCAGCAUUCUAUACUCAUUGCAAAACUAAACAUGAUUCCAAAUGGCCGAAGCAAUACAGCACUCCAAGACCUUUGGAAGAAAUCAAGCGUGAUAAAACAAAACCCAGAACCAAUAUGGAUGAGCAAAAAUAGCAUGAGAAGGAGGAUCAGAUCUUUGAAUUUUUGGGCAAAUUAGGGCAGAGCAAUGAGGAGGAGGACUCGUCAAACAAUUGCAUUAGACACUAUUUGAAAUAACCAAUCGACCCAAUUAAAUCAUUGAAUGAUGAUCUGUUUUAAGGAACAAAUUAUUUAAACAUUUAUAACCAAGUGUUGAAGGAAUUGGAAGAAUUGAAUAAAAAGGUACUUGAUCAGGAAGCAAUUUGGGAUUUCAAAGAUCCUCUUACAUUAACAAACGAAUUGGAAGAAUUCACCUUUUCUAAUCUCAAAGGAAUGUUUCACCAACUUGAUGGCCAAUUGAAUGUGGUUAAUGUAACAGCCAUCUUUAUGGGAUGGCUAAGUAGACAUCUGAAAAAGAAUGCUUAUUAAGACAUAUCAAUAAUUAGCAUUAUUACAGCAUAUUUCUUUAAAAAUUACUAAUCCUUGAAAUCUCAAGAGGUCAACACAGAAGGAAAACUAGACUUGAUGUCCUUAGAUCAAAAUGAAGCACAACAUGACGAUCAACGCAAAAAAUAAUAAGAGUACUGCAAAAUCGACAAGUAGAAUGACACAGAUUUAAAGAAGGAAGUUUUAUCCUAAAUGAACAGUUAUUUGAAAAAAGAGUACCAUAAAUUUUAGAACCAAGUAUCAUACAUUAGAACACCUGAUAUUGCCUAGGCAUUCUUUUGUUUAUUAAUAGAUUGGAUAGAAGCAUAUUCUGAUCUUGAGGAUUACGUUGAAAAAGGAAAAGAAGUUCAAUAGGAAAAAUAACAAUUAUAAAAACAAGAUGAAAAAGGAGAAUGAUCUAUUAAAAUCAUAUAACAUAAAACAUUACUCAAUAA